AUGGAUAGUUCAUCUUAUUUGACUCAAGUUGCUAUUCCUACUUCGUUGUACUCGCAUGCUUCUGGUAUUAAGACUCUCAAUGGGUCAAAUGUCUCCGAAUGGUAUGAACAAAUUCAAUUCACAUUGGGUGUUAUGGAUUUGAACCUAGCAUUGCUUACUGAAAAACCUGGAGAAUUAAUGAAUGCUGACAGUCAGGAAGAAACUUCUCUUCCCGAGGUUGACAAUGUUAUGGAACUGUUAACGGCUAUUAAAGAACGCUUUAAAUUAGCGGACAAGUCGUUAGCAGGGACACUCAUGGCUGAAUUGACUACCAUGAAAUAUGAUGGUGAUAAGGGAAUUCAGGAACACAUCCUAAAUAUGACUGAUAAGGCUGCCAAACUUGGAGCUCUUGGCAUGAAAGUGGAAGAGUCCUUCCUUGUGCAAUUUAUCCUUAAUUCACUUCCAUCAAAGUUCGGCCCAUUCAAAAUCCACUAUAAUACUAAAAAAGACAAGUGGAAUUUGAAUGAGCUGACUAGUAUGUUUAUUCAAGAGGAAGUGAGAUUAAAGCAAUAA